AUGGGGCUGUUCGUCGCGCUGACGGGCCGCGCCCCGGCCGCCGAUGCGGUGCUGCCGCCGCUUCCCGUCUUCGGAGUCGCCGUCUUCGCCGUCCUCGCCUUCCUGGCCGUCCGGUGCGCCGCCGCGUACCUCCGGCUGCGGCAGUUCGGCGGCCCGCGCUGGACGGGCGUCUCCAACUGGCCGCACAGCGUCGCCAUGCUGCAGAACCGGUGCCACGAGUGGUACGAGGAGGCCAACAGGAAAUACGGCCCCAUCGCACGGGUGGCUCCCAACGUGCUCGUGACGUCGUCGCCCGACGUCUGGGCUCACGUCAACAACAAGGCCGGGUAUAAGCGCUCGGACUGGUACUACAACGCCUGCCGCAUCGAGCACCGGAGGGACAAUGUCUUUUCGCAGACGGACGUGGCCAAGCACGACUUGCGGCGGAAGCAGAUGGCGCCAGGGUACUCGGGCCGCGAGAACCUGCACCUCGAGUCGUCCAUCGACGAGCGCCUGGCCGAGUUCCUCGCCCUCAUCCGGGCCAAGUACGUCUCCAGCCCCGACCGCCCCGGCGUGCCGCUCGACCUCGGCGAAAAGGUGCAAUUCUUCACGCUCGACGUCAUCUCGGGCGUCGGCCUGGGCCGGCCCUUUGGCAUGCUCGCCUCCGACUCCGACGUCGACCAGUACCUGCGCUCGAGCGAGGACGGGCUCCGCGCCGCCAACGCCGCCCUCGCGCUCGGCGUGUCGUGGCUGGCUCACACGCCCCUCGUCGGGCGCCUCAUCGCGCCGAGCCCCCGCGACGGCAACGGCUUCGGCCGCAUGAUGGCCACGUGCUUCCGGUACGUGGACGCCCGCGCCGCGGACCCGACGGACAAGCGCUCCGAUAUGCUCGCGAGCUUUAUCCGCAAUGGGCUCGCGGGCGACGAGCUGCGCUCCGAGGCGCUGGAGCAGAUCAUCGCGGGGUCCGACACCACGUCGACGGGCAUCCGCGGCGCGCUGCUGCACAUCAUUACCAACCCGCGCGUGUACGCCCGCCUGCAGCGCGAGGUCGACGAGGCCGUUGCGACAGGUCUCGCUCCCGCAACGGGUUCCGGCGGGAUCGUCUCCCUCGCGCAGACGCGGCAGCUGCCCUACCUGCAGGCCGUGAUCCGCGAGGCGCUGCGCAUCUGGCCCCCCGCCGUCAACAUCUUCUCGCGCGACGUGCCCCCCGGCGGCGACACGGUGCUCGUCGACGGCGCGCCCGUGUUCCUCCCCGGCGGCGCCUCCAUCGGCUACUCGGCCUACGCCAUGCACCACAGCGAGGCCAUCUACGGCGCCGACGCCAAGGCCUUUCGCCCGGAGCGCUGGCUCGUCGCCGCCGAGGAGGACCCGGACCGCCAUGCCCUCAUGCUGCGCACCAACGAGCUCGUCUUUGGCCACGGCAAGUACCAGUGCCUCGGCAAGCCGGUCGCGCAGCUCGAGCUGGCCAAGACCAUCUUUGAGCUCCUGCGCAACUUCGACAUGACGCUCGUCCACCCCACCAAGCCGUGGGACGCGCGCAACACCCUCGGCCUCUUCGUCAUCUCCGACAUGUGGGUGCACGUCACCGAGCGGCCGGCGUCGGCGCCGCAAUAA